AUGUCCGCUCCUCGGACGAUUCAUUACUCUGUUGUUCUACGGAUUUUUCGGUACAUCAAAAGCACUCUCCUCCAUAGGCUCCAUUAUUCAACUCGUUCGUCCUUGGUUUUAACUGGGUACUCUGAUGCUGAUUGGGUGGGAGAUCCCAUCGAUCGUCGCUCGACUACCGGCUUUUGUUUCUUUCUCGGUGAUUCACUUAUUUCUUGGCGCAGCAUGAAACAGACGGUCAUCUCCCAAUCCAAUGCGGACCUCGAGUAUCGAGCUCUUGCCGAUACCACUACCGAGCUUUUAUGGCUUCAAUGGCUACUGGCUGAUCUCGGUGUGUCUCAGCCCUCUGCUACCACUAUUCAUUGUGACAGUCAGAGUGCCAUGGAGAUUUUGACGAAUGAUGUUUUUCACGAGCGUACGAAACACAUCAAGAUCGACUGUCACAUUGUCUGUCAUCACGUUGCUAACGAAAAUGUCUCCUUGUCCUCCACUUCUUCUGCUGAUCAGACUGUUGAUGGCUUCACCAAGUCUUAUUUACCCGACCGCUUUCAGUCAUUCUUGAACAAACUCAAGCUGGUUUCCAUACUCCCACUUUGA